AUACAGUGACCUUUAAACAACAAUUUGCUGACAAUAUUCUUUAAAUUAUUGCUAUUAUGGAUAACGAAAAGUCAAGUUCCAAUUCAUCGCCACCUAACUCUCAGAUAAUAGACAUUCAUGACAGCGACUCAAAUGAGUCUACUGGAAAUGAGGGAAAUUAUCCAAAAGACAAAACAAAUAAAACUUCACAAGAGCCUGUGGCAAACGAGCAAAUUUUGGCAGAUGAUGUAAGUCAACAUAAUUAAUGUACUUGUAUUAUACGUUUUCUUUUAAUUAUCUUAAAAAAUUAAUAUUGUCUUGUACUUGUAUUAAAGGACCUUAUGCAUUGUAACCAUCAGAUGAUAAUGUUUGCUUCAUAAUUAAUUUGAGCCAUUAAAAAAAUGUACAUGAGACUUAUUUCAUAUGAACUAAUUGUUGUACAUUUUGUUGGUUUUUUAAUUUUGUAAACUUUAGUUUUUGUUCACUUUAUAAUAUAUAUAUAUAUAUAUAUUGCUUAAAUUGUAAUAAAAUUGGGGAGUUUUUGCACAUUGCAAUGCAUAAAAUAAUAAUCCUAGACAUGGUUAACAAAUACUGAAAUAAUUUGCUACCUUUUACAGAUUGCACGACCUGAAUUAAAAAAACUUAGUUUAGAUAUGAAUGGUACAUUCAUGGUGGAUUUCGACCCAGAGAAAUCAAAGAGAGAAAUGCGAAAAAUGAAUAGAAGAAUCUAUUCAAAAGAGUAAGGUUUACAUUUUUGUCUUAUUACAUUUAUUAAAGUAAAAAAAAAAGAAUAAUACUUUUUACUUUAAUUUCAAGUAACUUCACAACUUCAACCCAGAACAAACAACUUAUCAAUUAUUAUUAAAUUACACACAUCCUCAAGAGUCAAAUCGCACAUUAUAAAAUUUUGUGUAAGGUUACACGUUACAUCAAGUUCCUUUGACUGACUGAUAAAGACAGACUUGAAUUAAUACAGUAGAGCGUCACUUUUCCUAAAACUGAUUUUCCCAAAUGUCAUUUAACCGAACAUCCCCUGUCUUUAUACCCGAUAUUUAUUAUUAUUAUAAUUAUCAUACACAUUUCAUGGAACAUUUGUGUACAAAAACCAAACAAUUCUGAUCCUUAUAUAAUUCAGUCAAAACCUAGAUACUUAUGGUAUAUGCAGUGACCAUUUUGGGAUCAUGUGAUCAGCAAACUUUUAUUUUAAUAUAUAUUGUAGAAUAAAUGCCUAGUAAUUAACUGUGUUAGUAAGCUAAAGUGACCUCGGUUUUUACUCUAAGCACCCUUAUCCAUUUUUGGAAAGCACAUCUUUUCCCAGUGCUACAGUAUAGCUUUGUAUAUCGUAUUUCUUGGCCUAUUUUUCACUUCACUGUAGAGCUGUUUAUAGCCACCACUACUUGUCUCCAUUAAAAUGGCUUUGAUAUGGAAGUCACUGAGUAAAUGUACCGUGUCAUCCAUUACACACACCACACACACACCCCCCCACACCCCCCCCACCCCCCCCCCCACCCCCCCCCCCCACACCUUUUUGUUGGAAAAAGUUGUUGAUGUUCGAAUGCACUCUUAUUUGUUCUAAAGAAUUCCAUCAGGUGAUGCAAUUUUUAGAAUUUCUGUAAAGGAUCGUUCUGAUUGAAUCCUUACAUAUAAAUGUAGUCAGGUUUCUUAAAAGAGAGAGAGUGAGGGAGAGAUUUUUGCGGUACAAGUCAUUAUAUUAUUUUAUGUGUGUCAAUUAAUAUUUGUAUUGAGGAGUGUACCUUUUUCACUUGCUGUGUUAUUAGUUGAUUAGAUUUUUUGUUUCUGUAUUUGAAUUGGUCUAGAAUUUUGAUAGUACCAGUAUAAUUAAAUUAAAUAUUGCUAGUAUCGCAAGCUUUGGUUAUCGUUUGCAUGCUGUUUUCUCAGUCCUUUGUUAUGUAUUGUUUAUUCUACGAGCCAAAUCUUAACACAGAUUAAAUCUUUAGAACCAUUUCAUUACGUAACAUACAGGAAAAACAAUUUGGGUCUCCUUCAGUUUUUGACAUCAUUGACGUGAAGCUUAUAAAUUGUGUGGUAUGUUCAAUACACUGUACAAUCAUUGACAUAAAGCUUAUAAAUUGUGUGGUAUGUUCAAUACACUGUAGAAUCAUUGACGUGAAGCUUAUAAAUUGUGUGGUAUGUUCAAUACACUGUACAAUCAUUGACGUGAAGCUUAUAAAUUGUGUGGUAUGUUCAAUACACUGUACAAUCAUUGACGUGAAGCUUAUAAAUUGUGUGGUAUGUUCAAUACACUGUACAAUCAUUGACGUGAAGCUUAUAAAUUGUGUGGUAUGUUCAAUACACUGUACAUUAAAGCAGAGUUUCUCAGCUUGGACCAUAUGACACAACCAUAAAAAAUUUGAGAAGAGGACUUUAUCUGUAAAUACAGCAAAUGGGUGAAACAAAGUAAGGUUAAACCAGAAAAAAGGAACACAACAAAACAACGAACGUGUUGGCAUGAAGCCUUCAUCAAGGAACGAACAACAGAAAAAACAGAAUAAUAUAUCUAUAUAGAAAUAUAGCACUUAGCUGAGAAGUAGGGUCCGAGAGGGCAGCAACAGAAUUGUGGGAAGACAGCAUUUUAAAAAUAAAUAACAGAAGGGGGCAUGGAUCUAAAUGAACCGUUAAAAUGGGUCUCAGGCAAAAAAAAAAAAAAUUAAUGGUUUAGGAACACUUCACCAAAUGUGUAUAACUAUAAGGUAAGAAAUUUUUUUCUUUGCACUAACUUUUGUACAACCUUUCCAUAGCAGUGUUUGGUUAUCUGAAAAAUAAAAUUAUCUGAAACACCCUGGUCCCUGUUGGUUGAAUUAGUUAGGAAAGUCAAUGCUCUACUGUAAUUUUUCAAAAUCAUUUGAAUAUACUUAAUUAAGAAUUUAUAAAGCAUUCUUAUGGUGUCAUAUGUAUGAGUGAAUUGUUAAAUGAAUGUAUCACUAUCUUCAACUAUCUGAAGCAACAAGCAAAAUUACCCUUCCCUCAUGUUCUUAAAAUAUAUUCAUUAAUUUAAAAAAUCAUUAUUUUUCUUAUAAGAUCCAGAAAAACUAACUUUUAUGAUGACAAGGGCCUGCUACUAGAAGCACAGAUGGAUCUUUGUGACUGUUUACACAGAGACUGCCCAGGGUGUCAUUUCCCUUGUCCUCGCUGCAACUCCAGCAAGUGUGGCACAGACUGCAGGUGCAAUAGGAAAUACACAAUUGAUUUGAUUGAGGUUGAAGGGACUGAUAUGAUCUAUAAUUAUCCUUUGUGACAUAAAGGACUUAUGUGAUAUAUCAUUGUCCUGUAUGAUUGAGAAGACUGAUAUCUAUCAUUGUCCUGUAUGAUUGAGAAGACUGAUAUCUAUCAUUGUCCUGUAUGAUUGAGAAAUAUGAUAUCUAUCAUUGUACUUUAUGAUUGAGAUUGAGUGAAUUAAUAUGAACUAUAUUUGUAUGUUUCAUUUAUUGAGAGCAAGAUUGUCCUAAGUACCAAAUGAAAAGUUGUCAUAUUUGUACAUUUACCUAGUGAGCAGUAGAAGUUGUCAUAUUUGUACAUUUCUCUAGGGAAUAGUACAGGUUGUUAUAUUUGUACAUUUAUGUACUGAGUAGUACCAGUACAAGUUGUCAUAUUUGUACAUUUAUCUAGUUAUUGGUACAUGUUGUCAUAUUUGUACAUUUAUCUAGUUAUUGGUACAUGUUGUCAUAUUUUUACAUUUAUCUAGUGAGUUAUCAAUGGUGGCAUACUUCAUUGUCGAUGGGGGCAUAAUUCAUUGUUGAUGGUGGGAUAAUUCAUCGUCGGUUAUUCUGUUGUUUUCUGAGGUGAAACUGUUUCAACUAUACUUUUUAGUUGUCAUGGCAACUUUGAUGUACUUAUGUAAUUUAAGUAAUGUGAUGAACAUAUUUUUGUAUUUUUGUCACAAUAAAUGUCAUAAUUAUUUU